GAAUUACUUCUGCAGGAUUUGCCUCGGAGCAAUGUUCUCUAUGGUUAUUGCGUAGAUGGGCCUCGAGGUUGGCAUCAAGGGCAUCGAUUUGACAGCAGCCUUGUGCUUGUAGAUCCAUAUGCAAAGCUAGUUGAGGGCAGCCGAUAUUUUGGAGAUGCUAACAGCAAGUUUUCUGGAUUUCUUGGAACUUAUGAUUUUGAUAGCAUUCCCUUUGACUGGGGAGAGAACUACAAGCUUCCAAAUAUAUCUGAGAAAGAUCUUGUUAUGUAUGAAAUGAAUGUCCGUGCAUAUACAGUAGAUGAAUCUAGUGGGUUGGAUCCAAAGAUACGUGGAAGCUAUCUUGGGGUAAUUGAGAAGAUCCCACAUCUUCUAGAGCUUGGGAUCAAUGCAGUGGAGUUGCUGCCUGUCUUCGAAUUUGAUGAAUUGGAGUUUCAGAGGCGCCCAAAUCCUAGAGAUCACCUGUUGAACACAUGGGGCUAUUCGACGAUAAAUUUCUUUGCUCCUAUGAGUCGCUAUGCUAGUGAUGGAGGAGGUCCCAUUAAUGCUUCACUGGAGUUCAAAGAAAUGGUCAAAGCUUUGCAUGGGGCUGGGAUAGAGGUCAUUCUGGAUGUUGUUUAUAAUCAUACUAAUGAGUCUGAUGAUGCCAACCCCUAUACUACUUCAUUCCGUGGCAUAGAUAACAAGGUUUAUUACAUGCUGGAUGUAAACAAUAACUGCCAACUGCUGAACUUCUCUGGCUGCGGAAACACAUUAAACUGUAACCAUCCCGUGGUCAUGGAACUGAUCCUUGACAGCUUAAGACACUGGGUGGUUGAGUAUCAUGUGGAUGGAUUCAGGUUUGACCUUGCCAGUGCUCUUUGUCGAGGAACAAAUGGUUCCCCACUUAAUGCUCCCCCACUUAUUAGGGCAAUAGCCAAAGAUGCUGUUCUAUCAAGGUGUAAGAUUAUUGCAGAACCUUGGGACUGUGGGGGUCUCUAUCUUGUAGGAAGAUUUCCAAAUUGGGACAGGUGGGCUGAGUGGAACGGGAAGUACCGUGAUGACAUAAGAAGAUUUAUUAAGGGUGAAUGUGGCAUGAAGGGGAGUUUUGCAACUCGUGUUGCUGGCUCUGCUGAUCUUUACAAAGUAAAUAAGCGCAAGCCUUAUCAUGGUGUUAAUUUUGUGAUUGCACAUGAUGGCUUUACACUACAUGAUCUCGUUUCAUACAACUUAAAGCACAAUGAUGCCAAUGGAGAAGGUGGAAAUGAUGGAAGCAAUGAUAAUUUUAGCUGGAAUUGUGGCUUUGAAGGAGAAACUGAUGAUCCCAGUGUCAAAUCUUUACGCUCCCGGCAAAUGAAAAAUUUCCACUUGGUAUUAAUGAUAUCUCAGGGAACCCCAAUGAUGCUAAUGGGGGAUGAAUAUGGGCAUACGCGCUAUGGAAAUAACAACAGUUAUGGACAUGAUACUAGCAUUAACCAUUUCCAAUGGGGACAGCUGGAUGCACAGAAGAGUAAUCAUUUCAGGUUUUUCUCUGAGGUCAUUAAAUUUCGGCGAACUCAUCACCAAUUUCAGCGGGAAAGUUUUCUUAGCAAAGAUGAUGUGACAUGGCAUGAAGACAACUGGAAGAAUUAUGACAGCAAAUUUCUUGCAUUUACGCUUCAUGACAAGGGUGGAGGGGACAUCUAUUUGGCAUUCAAUGCUCAUGAUUAUUUUGUCCGAGUUUCAUUACCUCGACCACCAUUAAAGAGGAACUGGUUUCGUGUGGCUGAUACUAAUCUUGAGUCUCCCCACGAUUUCGUACCUGAUGGCGUUCCAGACAUUGGAAGCACCUACAAUGUUGCUCCUUACUCCUCAAUUCUUCUUGAAGCCAAGUAAUGAGAUUAUUUCAGUAAGUUCUUGCUGAUCAAAUUCUCAAACAGCGUGUUCUAAUCUAGAUUAUGAGGUGAGAGUAGAAUCAGGGCCCAUGCAUCAAGGACUUGAUUAGAACUGAAAAUUGUCGAUAGAAAACUGCCACAUAUGGAAUGCAGAUAUUGAAUAAAAACCCACACUUGAAUUUCAAGUGAAUAAGAGAGCAGCCAUUUAUAGUAUAGGAUGGAGGAAUAUAAGUAUUUGCUCUUGUACAAAAAUAAAGAAACGCCUUAGAUAGAGAUAUAAGCUUUCUGUUUAUGUUGGUGCAUAGAUCAUCAAGAUUUAGAAGCAAUGUAUUAUUAUUCAUAUCUCA